AUGUUUUCCGUCGCGCGCAAAUCAGUCCUCCGUCAAGCUCGAACCCAGCUCCGGCUCUCACAACCCGUUACCGUUCCCCAGUACAUAUCCUACUCGAGAUUACUUUCAACUCUUGCUCUUUUGGAGCAGAAAGAUGGAAAGCUCAGCAACUCAUCGCUCGUUGCCAUCUCGGCCGGAACAAAGCUCGGAGGCUCGAUAACAGCAUUCGUUGCUGGCAGUGGGGCAAAAUCGGUAGCAGAGGAAGCUGCGAAGGUCAAGGGCAUUGAAAAGAUUGUAUAUGUGGAAAGUGCAGCGUAUGAUAAGGGUCUCCCCGAAAGUUACGCUCCUCUACUAGUCGACAACAUCAAGAAGGGAGCAUACACCCACAUCUUUGCAGGUCACUCGGCGUUCGGAAAGAAUGUAAUGCCCCGCGUUGCUGCCCUUCUUGAUAGCCAGAUGAUCUCCGACAUCACUGCCAUUGAGAGCGAAGAUACAUUCGUACGACCAAUCUAUGCCGGCAACGCUAUCCUCACCGUACAAUCCUCGGACAGCACAAAGCUCAUUACUGUACGCGGUACCGCGUUCCCUGCACCUGAAACUGAUGGUGGAUCUGCCGCCAUCGAAGAGGGAUCAGAUCCCAAAGUCGAGUCCGCAACAGAAUGGAUUUCCGAAGACUUGGCCAAGUCUGACCGACCAGAUCUGGGCUCUGCCGAUAAAGUGGUGUCUGGAGGAAGAGGCCUCAAAUCGAAAGAAGAAUUUGACCGUCUCAUGCCACCUCUAGCGGAUGCUCUCGGCGCUGCCAUUGGAGCUUCGCGCGCUGCCGUCGACAGUGGAUUUGCAGACAACAGUCUCCAAGUUGGACAGACGGGCAAGAACGUGGCACCGCAGCUCUAUCUAUGUGCUGGUAUCUCGGGCGCGAUUCAGCAUUUGGCGGGUAUGAAGGACAGCAAAGUCAUCGCCGCAAUCAACAAAGACGCCGAUGCUCCCAUUUUCCAAGUCGCGGACGUUGGUCUAGUUGGUGAUCUAUUUGAAAAGGUUCCUGAGCUCACAGAGAAGUUAAAGUCGCAGUAA